UUCUCGUAAACCUUCAUAGAAGAAAGAAGAAGAGAAAAGAAAAUUUCUCUCUCGGAAAUCAGAAAAUGGAUGCAGAAUUACUAGAGUUACAGAGACAAUUCGAAUUUGCACAACAAGCAAAAUCAAGCAUUCGAUUAUCAGAUAGAAAUGUAGUCGAAUUAGUUCAAAAGCUUCAGGAGCUUCGCAUCAUCGAUUUUGAUCUCCUCCAUACGGUCUCUGGCAAGGAAUACAUCACUCCUGAUCAAUUGAAGUAUGAGAUGAUAACAGAGAUAAAGAAAUCAGGGAGAGUAUCAUUAAUAGAUCUAUCAGAUAUAAUUGGAGUUGAUUUAUAUCAUAUAGAGAAACAAGCACAAGUCAUAGUUAAUGAAGAUAAAGAACUGAUGUUGAUACAAGGUGAAUUGAUAUCACAGAGUUAUUGGGAUAAUGUUGCUGAAGAAAUCAAUGAGAGAUUACAAGAAUGUAGUCAGAUUUCAUUGGCUGAGUUAGCUGCUCAAUUGCAUGUUGGUUCUGAAUUGCUAGCUUCUGUUCUUGAACCAAGGCUUGGCUCCAUCGUGAAAGGGAGAUUUGAAGGUGGGCAAAUAUAUACACCAGCAUAUGUUGCUCGUGUUAGUGCAAUGGUACGUGGUGCGACAAGGGCGGUUACAGUUCCGAUCAACUUAACAGCUGUUUGGAGUUCGUUGCAGCAAUUACUUCAGGAAAUGAAUGGAGCCACUGGUGUCGCUGUUGAUGGUUCAUUUUUUCAGUCACUGUUUAAUGGGUUGGUUAAGGAAGGGGAGAUUCUUGGGUCUGUUCGUGCCGGAGUUCAUUGGACACCAACGGUUUUUGCUCAUGCUCAGAAAGAAAGUGUGGAUUCUUUCUUCUCACAGAAUUCUUUUGUCAGCUAUGAAGUUCUGCAGAAGCUCGCAAUUCCCCAGCCUAAGCAGUAUUUGCAGUCAAGAUAUCCUGAAGGUAUAGCCCUGGAUACAGUAUUUGUUCAUCCAUCAAUGAUUGAGAUGUUGGAUUCUGCUGCAGAGGAUGCUAUUGAACAGAAAAGCUGGAUUGAUUGUCUCUCAGUUUUACCUCCAUUUGUUGGUUCUCAAGAUGCUUCAAAGCUUUUGUCAUUUUGUCCAUCUGUUCAAAGAGCCCUCAAGUCUACAAAUGCACUCAUUCUGGGGGAUUCAUGCGUGUUGAGCAAUGAAUUUGUCAAAGAUAUCUUUAAUCGAAUGGAGAAGGAAACGGAAACUUUCAUUCUUUCGAAAUCUGCUGCUCAAGAGUUGCAUGUGGUGAAUGAAGCCAAAGGUCGCCAUGAUUCCAAUGCGUACACUCAGUCAAAUGAAGUUGAUGAAAGUAGUGGUGUUAAAUCUGGUUUGGAGAAGGGAUCAAAGAAGAAAAGAGGAAAAACCACUGGAAAUUCAAAAGCAGCUGCAUCUGAAAGUGUUCCCGAAAUUGUGGAAAACAUUCCUACUAAAUCUAAUAAGAAGAACCAGCGGAAAAACAAGGAAGCCAAUGCCUCGCAGGUAUCUGACAAAAAAUCAGGUGGAAAAUCGGGUAAGGUGAAGGAGGAUGACCUUAAUAUUCCUGAUGAGGACUGGAUAAUGGAAAAGAUAUUGACCUUGAUACCAGAUUUUGAAGGACAAGGUCUUGAUGAUCCACAUACACUGAUUAGACCUUUGGCGACCUAUUUAAGACCUAUGCUGCUCAAUUCCUGGAAAGAAAGAAGAAAGACCGUGUUUACGGAAAAUGCGGAGAAAAUGAAACACUUAUUGGAUGAUCUGCAGAAGAAACUGGACGAGGAAUUCUUAAGUCUGCAGCUGUAUGAGAAAGCAUUGGAUCUGUUUGAAGAUGAUCCAUCAGUAUCUGUUGUCUUGCACAAACAUUUACUAAGAACAACAGCUACCUCUAUUGUGGACCGGCUUUUAAUAACUUUGGACAUGCACCAUAAACUGAAAAAUGGAAUCGCAGUAGAAGAAUCUCAGCCAGACUCUGCAGCGCUGAGUUCUGGAGAUAGAAUUUCUCUUGCAAAGAGUUUAGACGCUUCUCUUUCAGGAAAGGCUAUUUCAGUAGUUGAGGCUUUGGAGGGAAAGCGGGUGGAGACAUUCAUGGUUGCCUUAAGAGCACUAGUUGAGGAAAGUGGGUUACUCCUAAAAAAUCUUGACAAAAAGUUGGAAAGGACCCUUUUGCAUUCUUAUCGGAAGGAUUUGACAACUCAAGUUUCUAAUGAAACCGAUCCAAUUUCUCUUCUUCCGAAAGUUGUAUCUCUACUCUAUUUGCAGGUGCAUAACAAAGCUCUUCAAGCUCCAGGAAGGGCUAUUUCUGCUGCUGUUUCUCGGUUGAAGGAGAAAUUGGAAGAAUCAGCUUAUAGUAUCUUGUUGGAUUACCAUUCUGCAACAGUUACUCUCUUAUCUUUACAAUCAGCUGCACCGGAUGAUGAAGAAAGCUGUGCAUCAGAUAGAAUCAUGACCAAAAAGGAAUUAUUAGAGAGCCUCAUUCCAAAUCUGAAAGGACUAGUUUUGAAGAACACCGAACCUUCAGUUGCAGAGAAAUGAUACAACAGUUCCAAAUUAUAGGAGUAUAAAUAGAGCUUCAAAUUAGGACUACACCUUAGUAACACUUAAAAUAUAUCGCUGUAACUUCUUUUUAUCGGGCCUGGCAAUAACAUUCCCAAAUCACAUCAUCCAAAUAAAACCUAUAGAAAUUAGAAAAUGCAAUGUGGCUCUUGAAUCCAUCAUUUUCUGCUCUUUUUUUCAUUGAUAACUUGAAUUUGCUUUUGCACUUUGGGGAGUUGAUUAUCUUUCCAGUGAAACAGGGUUACACGGUUGGUUAUUUUUCCAGUGAAACAGGGUUAUACCAUUAGUAGUAUCAUAUCAAA